AUGUUUGCCAACAAAAAUAUCAUUUGUAUUAUAUUUACAAUUGUCUUUCAAAUAACCAAUGGACAAAUUUCACCUAUUAUACCAUCAAAUAACCCAUACAGUUAUGGUGGAUAUAAUACCUAUUCACCAUUUAAUGGAUACUCUUCUUAUUAUCCCAAAACAUAUCCAUAUUAUUCUCAAACAUAUUCUUCUGGUCUUUUAAAUCCAAUUUCAAGUGGAUAUACAAAUUAUAUUGAUGGAAUUGGCGGAAUUGGUGGAAUUGGUGGAAUCAGUGGAAUCAGUGGAAUUAGUGGAAUUAGUGGUUUAAAUUAUCUCAAUCCAUCUUUAAAUUCUCUUAUGUAUAGAAAUGGAAUUUCUAAUUCAUACUUAAAUUCAUUCAUUCCUGGAUUGUCAUCUUCAUAUAAUUGGAAUUCACGUUAUGGUUUAAAUGGUUUAAGCGGUUAUGAAGGUGCUUUAUCAUCAAAUAGUUUAUCAAAUUACAUUCAACCAGAUAUUUCAAUACCACCAAUGGGAAUCCCAGAUACUAAUUCUUUAACAAGAAAUAUUCUUAGUAAUCAAUUUAUAUCAGGAACUGGUAGCGGAACUUGUAAGGAUCAAUCGCCUCAGUGUGCUGUUUAUGCUUCAACAGGUCAAUGUAGCUCUUCACCACUUCUUAUGGCAAAAUUAUGCCCAAUUAGUUGUGGAACUGGUUGUAGUGCAUCAGAUUUAGUUAGUGCUGGAGUAAAUAAUCUUAACUCCAUAAGUUCUAUGGCUUCUAUAGAUUCACCUUUUACAACACUUUCAACAGGAUUAAAUGGUGGGUAUUCUGAUUUUAUAACCCCUAAUAAUUUAUUUACUCCAAUUGAUAAUGAUUAUAAUAUUCCCACCGUAGAUCAUACUUCAGUUAUUUAUGAUUCUGUAGAUUCUUAUCAAUUUGAUAAUAUAAUGAAAUAUCUUAAUAAUAUAUAUAAGCGUUUUCAAAAUAUAGAUGAGUUAUCACAGCCAUAUAAUUAUGAAAAUAAUUUAAUAUUAAGUAAUAAGUUACCAUUAACUACAGUAUUAAAUAAUAACAAAAAUUCUGAUUAUUUAUUAUGUAAAGAUUCACAUGUUGAUGGUUGUCCCUCUUGGUCAGCAAUGGGAUAUUGUUCAAGGUUUCCAACAUUUAUGAAUACAUAUUGUAGAGGAUCAUGUAAUUCAUGCGAAACUAACAAUCUUAUAUCUAGUAAUGUAUUCAUAAAUGAUAAAGAUUAUAUUGCUUCAUUUAGAGGAGGUUUAGGAAGUUAUUUACCUCUGACAAAUAAUGUUAGAAGUGGAAUAUAUCCUUUAACAGAAAGAAAACAAUCCGCAACAAGUAUUAAUAGUAUUUCAAAUAUUCCAACAUUAAAAGCAAAUAAUUAUAAUGAUGAACCAAUUCAUUUAUCUAGAAGAGAAAAAACAAAUAAAUUAAGAGAAUUACUUGAAAUGGCUUCUGAGUAA